AGAGCUGGCAGCCGGAAGCUAUGAUCAGCUGAUGGAGGAGGAGCCGCAAGAGAGGUGAGCCAUCUUCCCCCGGCAGAGUGAUAGAGCCUGGACGUGAGGGAUACGGGAAAUCAUCUGGGGAUCCCGGUGUCAAAGACGAUUAUAAGAGGCCACUGACAACCAGUGUCAGUCGGGAAGGAGGAUAUCCGAAGGACUCAUCCGAAUUUCUGCACCAGAGCUGACUGAGGAAUAUACCAGAUUUUAACGUCAGAGAGGAGGCUCGUUAUACUAAUACAAAGAAAGAAAAACAUUGAGCUAGGAGCGGGGAUUAAUAUCGAAAUAUGAACCGUAUGUGACCUAAGAAAAUGCAAAAGUCCAGAAGAUUUGCGAUAUAAAUAAGCAUGUAGUCCUUACAGUACGAAAGGUGUGUAGCAUCACCAGUAAAUGUAAACAAACAGCUAUUCAAGCUAGCUGAAGUUAGCCGAUUGGAUGGUAGCUUUCUAGUGCUAGCUAAUACAUAUAGCUUAGCUAAUAUAAGGUUGUUGUAUCGAAGCAGAGCGAAGGUAAGCUGACCUGAAGAAACCUGUCGUCGGUUUAAAACUAAAUCUAACCUCAAUAUAGUCGUCCGCAGCGGAUGACAGUCGUUUGUGGUAUCAUAGUAUGCAGUUAUUGGCAUAAUUAGCCGUUCGGCUAACGUCGGCUAAAUGAUUUGCAUUAGCAGCCCAGCAUAAGAACAUUAAACUAGCACACUAAAUGUAGAACAAAGAAGACAUUUGGCAAUACUAACGCGACAUGUGUUUUUGACACUGACUCGUUUAAAAUAUUUUGCUGUGAAAGAGAUUAAACACUUCAAGGAUUGGUGUAAUUUAACUGUAAAUGCUACAUUAGAUAAUCUAGCUAGCUAGAUACCCUGUGUUGAUUGGCUGAAAAGAGUAGGACGCCGGGAUGAAGGAAAACAAUGGACUUCUUAAAGAAAAAACAAUUGACUUCUUAAAGAUUUAAUCAUAUCCCUAGCCAGCGUGGUUGCAACUCUAUGUGCAUAACGUUAGUGGGUGGACAUUUUCAGUUUGUCACUCCAUACUCUUCGGUCUGUUUGACAGUAACUUUAACAGCACUUAGCUGAGUGGGGUGAGUUUGGCUCGUUUGUCCUCUCAGCGGCAGCAGUCGUUAAUAGUACGUUACAGCCAAAUAGACGACAGGGCCUGCUAUUCAAAGAAAUGGGCUGUAAAGGGAGCCACAACUCAGCCAGGCAGCAUGAAGGGAAUUGUUAAAUCCAUCGAAAUGACUAGUAGUUUGAUUUGAAUAUAUAAGUACCCACCUCUAAACAUAGGCAAAGUUACUUUUUAAAAGUUACUUUUUAAUUGUAGUUUUGUUGUGUAUAUACUCCUACGGAGUAUUUAAAGUAGACCACCGCAUUGUCACUUUGUAUUAUGUAGCUGUGUUUGAGGGCCCAGCGGUAAGCCUCUCAGCUGUGUUUUGGUUGCUAGUGGUCUCCCCUCCCCCAGUCUUGAGACUCUUGAUUCUCCCCGAGUGUUGGACACUGUCCGCCGGGAUUCCCCUUGCUUUUUUUGGGGGGGGAUUGAAGAAAGGCCGUGGCCUCAAGUCGCAGUCCUCUGGACUCCGAAGCAGUUUAAAAAGUGGAUGUAAUGGAACUGAUGUUCGCCGAGUGGGAGGAUGGGGAGAGGUUCUCCUUCGAAGACUCGGACCGGUUCGAGGAAGACUCUUUGUGCUCUUUCAUCUCAGAGGCCGAGAGCCUCUGUCAGAACUGGAGAGGAUGGAGGAAGCAGUCCGCUGGACCCAACUCCCCUACUGUCAAGAUUAAAGAUGGUCAGGUGAUUCCACUGGUGGAGUUGUCAGCGAAGCAGGUAGCAUUCCACAUCCCGUUUGAGGUGGUGGAAAAGGUCUACCCCCCUGUCCCAGAGCAGCUCCAGCUCCGCAUCGCCUACUGGAGCUUCCCUGAGAACGAGGAGGACAUCAGGUUAUAUUCCUGCCUGGCUAAUGGGAGUCCAGAUGAAUUCCAACGUGGAGAACAGCUCUACAGGAUCAGAGCUGUCAAAGACCCCCUGCAGAUCGGCUUCCAUCUCAGUGCGACAGUGGUGUCCAGUCAGUCCGGUCAGUCUAAAGGGGCCUACAACGUGGCGGUCAUGUUUGAUCGCUGCCGCAUCACUUCCUGCAGCUGCACCUGUGGCGCUGGGGCCAAAUGGUGUGCUCAUGUGGUAGCACUCUGCCUCUUCAGGAUCCACAAUGCAUCAGCAGUGUGUCUAAGGGCUCCGGUCUCUGAGUCGUUGUCCAGGCUGCAGAGGGACCAGCUCCAAAAGUUCGCCCAGUACCUCAUCAGUGAGCUGCCUCAGCAGAUCCUACCGACAGCUCAGCGGCUGCUGGAUGAGCUGCUGUCCUCUCAGUCUACUGCCAUCAACACUGUGUGUGGAGCUCCAGACCCAACAGCAGGCCCUUCAGCGUCUGACCAGAGCACCUGGUAUUUGGAUGAGUCGACCCUUAGCGACAACAUCAAAAAGACUCUGCACAAGUUCUGUGGGCCCUCGCCUGUCGUCUUCAGUGAUGUAAACUCCAUGUACCUGUCAUCCACGGAGCCGCCGGCUGCUGCUGAAUGGGCGUGUCUGCUGCGACCCCUGCGGGGCCGAGAGCCAGAAGGCAUCUGGAACCUUCUGUCCAUCGUCCGGGAGAUGUUUAAGAGACGGGACAGCAACGCUGCCCCGCUGCUUGAGAUUCUCACUGAGCAGUGCCUCACCUAUGAACAGAUCAUCAGCUGGUGGUACAGUGUUCGGACCUCGGCGUCCCACAGCAGCGCCAGUGGCCACACCGGGCGCAGCAACGGCCAGUCGGAGGUGGCGGCUCACGCCUGUGCCAGCAUGUGUGAUGAGAUGGUGGUGCUGUGGAGGCUGGCAGUGCUCGACCCCACGAUGAGCCCCUGCAGGCGUUUGGAACUGGCAGGCCAGCUAAAGCAGUGGCACCUGAAAGUUAUAGAGAUAGUGAAGCGGGGACAACAUCGCAAGUCCCUGGAUAAACUGUUCCAGGGCUUCAAGCCCGCUGUGGAGUCCUGCUAUUUCAACUGGGAGGUGGCCUACCCACUAGAAGGCAUCACCUACUGCAGUGCUGAUAAGAAGAGUGCCACAUUCUGCUGGUCCAGGGCAGUGCAGCACCAGAGAGGAGUCAAAGCUGCUGCAGGGGCAGGCGGGGACACAUCGGAACCUGGGGGAGGGGGGGCUGAUGGCGGGGCUGGGGGAGAUUAUAAAGGAAGAGGUCACUCGUCCCAACAGGAGGUGGCAGUGCGACCCAAGGAGACCAUACUGACCAAGAGGAAGGGUCUGUCGGUGAGUGGAGGGGGAGGAAUGCUGGUCCGUCUAGGAGGGGGUGUCUCUCUGUCCCUGGAAGACGGAGGAGGGAAGUGCAUGUACAAAGGGCCGGGCUCCUCCUCCUCCUCCGGGAAGCUGAAACUGACACAGGGAGGUGGGAUAGGGGCAUCUGUAGGCGGUCCUGGGGGAGGUGGAGGGAUAGGGGGGGGUAAGCACGCCAGUGCCAAGCGGCGGACCAGCAGCGAGGACAGCUCCCUGGAGCCGGAUAUGGCUGAGCUCAGCCUGGACGACGGUUGCAGUCUGGCUCUGGGGGCUGAGGCCAGCAACACGUUUGAGUUCCUCCCCCCGCCGCCAGAGAUGCUGCCCUCGCCAAGCCCGUUGCUCCGAGACUCGCGCAAGUACGGCAAUGGCAGCGCGGGGAGCAAGAUGUUUGAAACCAAGCGGGUCAGUCAUGGCUCGGCCGCACUUCCCGCUGCGGACGCCGGCCCGCCGUGCUUCCCUUCCAAAGAGACGGUGCUGGUUGUUAUGGACACGUCCAGCGCUGCAGAGAAGGACGCAGAGCUGGAGGCGGAGCCGGUCCAGAACAAAGACGAAGAUGUAGACUCAGCUGGCAGUACCCAGCCUUCCACCUCCACCACUACGGUGAAAUCAGGCGCCACUCAAACGUCCGCCAAGCCACCGCGGGGCCGCAGAGAGGCGGCGUCUGCUGCCGCAGCAGCAGCAGCAGCAGCAGGGGGCGGGGCAGCACCUGCAGGUGGACUAGCUAACCAUGGGGCAGAGGCAGCAGCGGGAGCCGCAGGUGGAGAAGCUGUGGGUGAGGACGACUAUCAGGCGUACUACCUGAGCGCCGCCUCGGAGGAGGGAGGAGACAGACAGCAGGCUGACAACCACCAGGAGGAGGAGCCGGACAUCUUCGCCGGGAUGAAACCGCUGGAGCAGGAGGGGCGCAUGGAGGUGCUGUUUGCGUGUGCCGAGGCCCUCCAUGCUCACGGCUACAGCAAUGAGGCGUGCCGCCUGGCCGUGGAGCUGGCCAGAGACCUGUUAGCCAACCCUCCAGACCUGAAAGUGGAGCAGCCACAGACUAAGGGUAAGAAGAGCAAGGUGUCGACCACCCGCCAGACGCAGGUCGCCACCAACACGCUGUCGAAAGCUGCCUUCCUCCUCACUGUUCUCAGUGAACGACAGGAGCUCCACAACCUGGCCUUCUGCACCGGCAUGUUCUCCCUGGAACUCCAGAGACCACCGGCGUCUACCAAAGCUCUGGAGGUGAAGCUGGCCUACCAGGAGUCGGAGGUGGUGUCUCUGCUGAAGAAGAUUCCUCUGGGCCUGGUGGAGAUGUCGGCCAUCCGAGAGAGAGCCGAGCAGCUCCGAGACGGAAACUUCUGCGACUACAGACCUGUGCUGCCUCUCAUGUUGGCCAGCUUCAUCUUUGAUGUUCUGUGUACCCCAGUUGUGUCCCCAACGGGUUCCCGUCCACCAAGCCGCAACCGUAACAACGAGAUGCCCGGUGACGAGGAGCUGGGCUUCGAGGCUGCUGUCGCUGCACUUGGUAUGAAGACCACCGUGAGCGAGGCGGAGCAUCCUCUGCUGUGUGAAGGAACGAGGCGGGUGAAAGGCGACCUGGCUCUGGCUCUCAUGAUCACCUAUAAGGAUGACCAGAGCAAGCUCAAGAAGAUUCUGGAUAAAUUGUUGGACAGGGAGAGUCAGACCCACAAGCCCCAGACGUUAAGCUCCUUCUACUCCAGCAAGCCAGCAGCCGGCAGCCAGCGCAGCCCGUCCAAACACACUGCGGCCAGCCACAGUGGGGCGAGCGCGGCUACCGGAGGGGUCUCCAAACACGCACCCUCGUCUUCGCCUGCCACCGCCGUGGCCGCCUCUUCGUCCAGCUCUUCCUCUGCUGUGGCGGUGGCUAGUGAAGAGGUGGCUCAUCAGGCUGAUCUGAACUCAGUGCAGAACAGUACAGCGGGAGAGAGAAGCACGCAGACCAGGGAGCAUGUGUCAGAUGGGCCUCCUACAUCCAGUGACCAGCAGAAUGAAACGGCUCCAUUUAAGCCGGAGGCCACCGUGCCCAGUCGUCUGGCGCUGGGGGCGCGCUGUGGAUACAGCCAGCGCUGCUGGGGCUCACCUGUCCGGCAGAAGAAGAAACACACGGGCAUGGCGAGUAUCGACAGCAGCGCUCCGGAGACGACCUCCGACAGUUCCCCCACCCUUAGCCGGCGGCCGCUCCGGGGCGGCUGGGCAGCGACAUCAUGGGGGCGGGGCCAAGACAGUGACAGCAUCAGCAGUUCAUCGUCUGAUUCGCUGGGCUCCUCCUCCUCCAGCGGCUCUCGCAGGGCAGGGGGCGGGGCCAGGGCCAAGAGCACCGACACCAGCAGGUACAAAGGGCGACGUCCAGAGUGCCAUGCCCCCCACGUGCCCAACCAGCCAUCAGAGGCAGCAGCCCAUUUUUACUUUGAGCUGGCCAAAACGGUGCUGAUCAAAGCCGGAGGAAACUCCUCCACCUCCAUUUUCACCCAGCCGUCAGCCAGCGGGGGCCACCAAGGGCCCCACAGAAACCUGCACCUGUGUGCCUUUGAGAUUGGCCUGUAUGCUCUUGGCCUUCACAACUUUGUCUCACCAAACUGGCUGUCCAGGACCUACUCCUCCCACGUGUCCUGGAUCACUGGCCAGGCCAUGGAGAUCGGAAGCGCUGCCCUCAACAUUUUGGUGGAGUGUUGGGACGGUCACCUCACGCCUCCAGAGGUGGCGUCCCUUGCUGACCGAGCAUCGCGGGCCAGGGACCCCAACAUGGUUCGGGCAGCAGCCGAGCUGGCCCUGAGCUGCCUGCCUCACGCUCACGCCCUCAAUCCUAAUGAAAUCCAGAGAGCCCUGGUGCAGUGCAAAGAGCAGGACAAUGCGAUGCUGGAGAAGGCCUGCAUGGCGGUGGAGGAAGCAGCCAAGGGUGGAGGUGUGUACCCGGAGGUUCUGUUUGAGGUGGCUCACCAGUGGUACUGGCUGUAUGAGCAGUCAGUGGGCGGGGGCUCGGCCCAGCAGCGGGAUCGCUCUGGGCGCUGUGGGGCCAACGGGGGCUCAGGCAGGAGGCCCCCGGAGGCCACCUGUGUUGUCCUGGACACCGGCGCCAACAUGGAGUCCGCGGGAGUGACUACAGUCACAGCCUCGGUCACCGCAGCAGCCGUCGUCCCCGUCAUCUCUGUGGGCUCCACCAUCUAUCAGUCCCACGCCAUGCCCGGCCAGGCCAUGGCUCACCCCCACAGCCAGGGCCUCCACCCCUACACCACCAUUCAGGCCCAUCUCCCCACCGUCUGCACCCCCCAGUACCUGGGACACCCUCUGCAGCACGUCCCCCGACCCACCGUCUUCCCUGUAGCUGGGGCUGCAUAUCCACAGGGAAUGCACCCAGCCUUCAUCGGAGCCCAGUACCCGUUCUCAGUGGCCACUGGCCCCCAGCCGCCUAUGGCAGCCACGGCUGUGACCUUCCCUGGUGUCCCCGUACCGUCCAUGACUCAGAUUGCCGUCCAUCCCUACCACGCUGAGACCGGCCUGCCCCUGAGCACUACUGUAGCAGUGGGCAGCGUCCACUCGGGCCCCACCAUCCAGGCCAUACAGGCAACAUCUCUGCCCUCGCUCUCCUCCCAGCCCGGCUCAUUAGUCAGCCCUCCUUUCCCAGUAGAGGACGAGCAGCACAGCCAGCCAAUCAGCCAACAGGGCCUGCACUACCUGCAUUCUGCCUACAGAGUUGGCAUGCUGGCAUUGGAGAUGCUGGGCAGGAGGGCUCACAAUGACCACCCCAACAACUUCUCCAGGAGCCCACCGUACACUGAGGACGUCAAAUGGCUGCUGGGACUGGCUGCCAGGCUAGGAGUCAACUAUGUGUACCAGUUCUGUGUCGGAGCGGCGAAAGGUGUCCUCAGUCCGUUUGUCCUGCAGGAGAUCAUCAUGGAGGCUCUGCAGAGGCUGAACCCCGCCCACAUCCACGCCCACCUCCGGACCCCUGCUUUCCACCAGCUCGUCCAGCGCUGCCAACAGGCCUACCUGCAGUACAUCCACCACCGGCUCAUCCACCUGACGCCUGCCGACUACGAUGACUUUGUGAACAUCAUCCGCAGCGCCCGGGGGGCCUUCUGCCUGACGCCCGUGGGGAUGAUGCAGUUCAACGACGUGCUGCAGAACCUGAAGAGAGGCAAGCAGACCAAGGAGCUGUGGCAGCGCAUCUCCCUGGAGAUGGCCACCUUCUCCCCCUGAGCAGGACGCUGACGGGGGAGAGUGUGCUGGGCCUGGGGCCCCGAGGAGUCCCAUCCAGCUCCCCACGCCCCCCUAUCCCCCCCAACCCAGCCUCCAGCGUUGCUACUGCCACUGCACUGAGCAGGCUACAUUGACGCUGUCUGGUUCCGUCAGGAAUCCCUGCUCUCUGCUACGUGGAACUCACACAAACACAGCACACAGGCAGUACAAUCAGCCCCCCCUGUUCCCCUUAACCCACAGAGACUUCCU